CCGGGGAUACCUCGCAUAAACAAUUCAGCCAGUCGACUGCAUUGACUCUAAAGCCGAGAGGGAACGAUAGAAAAGGCGCGUAGCUCAUAUAAAGCAAAGACCAUAUCACUUUUUUAAUAACAAAAAGCGUAUACUCGUUGAGUUUGGCUUGGUCUACCUUGACAAGAAAGCCUGAACAUGUGGCCAGAAGACUGUAGCCCACAACGCAGCACAAUUCUCAGAGGACUCUCAUCAUAUGAAGCCAUUUGAACAGGGCCACCUCCAGCUGUGCCUGUGGUCAGGAAAUCAGUAUAGGCAUUUACCUCUGUUAGUAGCCAAAGCCUUGAAGUGGACAUGUUGCACGCUCAUACAUAUGAAAGCUCAAAUGGAUCACAGCACCAUGACCCUGUUCAUAUAUCAGCAGUGGCAACAAUAAGUUAAGCCAACAUAUGUGUGCUCAAAUUCUGCAGUGACAGUGGAACACCUCAUCAAGUUGUAUUUGUUCUCUCAUAUCUAUGUGGAUUGAAAACUUUUGUUUUGAAGCUAAAAGCCAUUAGAUCUCUUGGUGGAAAGUAACUGCAUUUUUUUCCUCUGUCGUGGUGGCCAGCCAUAGAAAGGACUAUAAUAUUGAACAUGACUCAUGGGGAAGAGACUGGCCCUGAGACACACCAGGAUUCUGCUGUUUUAACGUAUCUGGAAGGCUUACUCAUGCAUCGGGUAGCAGGAGCGCAAGGUGCCACGGCAACACAAAGAGGUGAGGCUGGCAACAGCAAUGAGGCGCAGAGAAACAAGGAGACAACAGGGCUUAUAUUUCCCCAUUGUAGCACUCAACAGGAGCAGGAUAAAACAACUCCCCAAGGAGGGACUACACAACAUCUCAAAAAAGCUCGCCUACUCCGCUCAGAAGCCUGGACUGAACAUGAGAGCAAAAGGAGGAUGACACCCUCUGUUGAGGUUAAUGGGCGAAUGGAAGAACAUCAUGGUGGUCUGAAUGGCUCAUCGCAGUGUAAAGGAGAAAGCACGCUCCUAGCGAGUCUGCUCCAGUCCUUCAGCACAAGGCUCCAAAAUGUGGCCCUGUCACAGCAGAUUGUCCAAAGUUUGAUGCCGCAAGAUGCCUCUAGUCCAGUCAGCAAGCCUGACCAAGAAGAAAAGGCACCCGGGCAUGGCCAUGGAUCUGGCCCAAAUCAUUUCAAAGGGAUGACGGAAAACAGCAAAGUGCAGAACCCCAGCAGCAGUGAGCCAUACCACCACCGACGGCCCAGUCAGGAGAGGUCAUCAGAGUCUCCAAUGGCAUUGCAGCACAGUGCUCGCUCUCCCUCAACAGAAUCCCUAUCUUGCACUGAGCGUCUGAAAGCUGUUGCUAAUCUGGUAAAUAUCAGGUCGAGUCCUGCCCCUUCACCCAAACCCAGUGUGGCCUGCAGUCAGCUGGCCCUACUGCUCUCUAGUGAGGCUCACCUGCAGCAGUAUUCCAGAGAACAGGCCCUUAAAGCUCAACUAGCUGGGCGAUCAGCCAGCGAAAGGCUUGCGGCCAUGGCCACACACCAAACCCAAGCAAAGAAACAACCUACAACUUCCGGGCAGCCUCAGACAAACCAGGACGGACUAAGCUCCUUACACACCAAAAAUGGGAUACCUGCUCAAAUGUCAACAAGCUCCAGCAGACACAAUCCAAACCUAAGUACAGGGCAAAGUAGGCCAGCAAGUUCAAUGCGGAGGACACAUUCCUUCAGAGAGCGCCGACCCUUCGAGAGGCAUGGCAGGCCAUCACAGAACUGCAGCAGUCUGCUCCUUCAACUUCUCAACAGCCAUAACACACCACAACGACUCAAUUGCCAGGGUCACCUUAAGGAAGACGUCAGUGUGUUCUCCAGUCGUGGUUCUCCUCUGUUCUCAGAUAGUGAGCACUCAAACUCUGGCAGCAGUCUACAAAAAGACAGCAGUGAUGCUGAGAGCACUUACUCCAGUUGCUCUCCAAUUGACCUCUCUGUAAAGAACAAAGUAAAUAUCCCAACAAUGCUGUCUUCCUCAUCUUCACCUGCUCUGGACAAGGUCACAGAGUCACUGAAAAGCAAAUGGACAUCAGAGAGUCCAAUUGCAACAGUCCCCACAGAACCCAGAGAGGUACAUGCUUGUCCUGAGAUGAAACCUCACCACAAGGUUACCCUUUUGGAGUUGCUUCUUGACCACAAAAACAAUGAGAAGGCAAGCAAAGGCCUUGAUAAUCCUGAGGUACAGCCAGUCACAAUACCUAAGGCCAGUAGUGCGUCUACAAGCAGUCAAAGUCUCUUUUAUACAGGUAUGUCUAAGGAUACAAGGGAACUUAGCCCCACUUGCAGACUGAAUACGCGAAGUCCUAAACUACUUCCAACAUUCUCCCAAGGCAGAGACUGCAACACUCGUGCAUCCCCAUACACCCUGUAUAGCCCUUCUCAUACACAAUCUGCCCCACUGGAUCUGUGUAAGACUAAACCAGUUGCAAGUGGUGUAAAUUUCAAAGAAACCAACUUUAGUGCGAGUAAAUUGUUGCAAGAUUUAGCUCAGUGUGGAAAACAAAACACAAACACUUCGCCCCCUCCAAAGGCUCCUUUACCUCCCACCAAGAGACAGAUGCAAGAACUUAAAACUUCAAGUUCUGUAACUUUGCUAGAAAGACUCUCUACUCCGACUCCAAAAAGCAACACCCCAACAUGGGAGGGAGCUCAUGUGAAGCCCCCAGUUGUAGCAGAAUCAACACAACAUGGGUCGGAAAUUGAAAAUCUCCUUGAGAGACGCACAGUCCUACAGCUUCUUUUGGGAAAUAAAUCCCAGAAAGAAAGAGUUGGUCAUAAACGGAAGAAAGAAUCUGGUAAGAGCGUUUCCAUGGAAAAGCAACCAACCCACUUAAAAUGCCACAAUAAUUUGAAUAGACCAUCCCCAGAUAUUUCAGUAAAAACUGAGCCAGUGGACGAUGGUGAGGUGUAUAACGAUAAAGUAGUGAAGCAGUGCCAGAACAUAUUGGCAGAAUCCCCUAGACACAGCUCCCAUACUCUUUAUCAGGGAAGCAUAAAGCAAGAACCACUGUCUCCAGUGGAUGUCCCCAGAGAUGGUCUUCUUUGUCACCUCCUACAGCAGCAGCCCAGAACUUUUAAGCCAGUCACUUUAGAAGACUCAAAUAAAGGCUUUAUUAAAGAGGAACCAGUAGAGCAUCAGGGACCAACCAUCCCAAAGAAGAGAAAGUUUUCAGUUGAACCAGAGAACCAUGCUGAAGUGAGUCAGCAAGGAAUGUGUAGCAGCCCUGGUAGCCAAAAGGCCAAUAAUGAUAGCUCAAUCUCUGGAAUUCCAGAGGCUCAGAAGUCCAGCAAUCCAUCCAGCCCUCCAGAGGCAGACAGUCCACCAGCCAAGUUUCCACCGUGUGAAUCUCCAAGUCAUGAAAACCGUGGAUUUAAUGUUCUAAAGCAGCUUCUUCUUUCAGACAACUGCUUGAAAGAACUAUCUCAGUCAAGGAGUACAUUUAGUCCACUGACACAUCCUGUCCUAAAUGGAAGUACAAUCAAAGAACUACGUAAUGGUGGUGAGCCUCAAAGCCUUCGUCAGCGCCUGAGUCCCAGUGGUGUGUCUGCUGCAAGAGCAGGUACAAACAGACAAGAAUCUUUGUCAGAUGUCCAUGUAACCCUGCACGAUUCUUCCAGGUCAAAACCUGAUGUGACCGCACAGAGGGACUCAAAAGCAUCAGUUAGUGUGGUCAAUGGUGAUGAAAGAACACAAGACUGCCAACUGGAUUCUCCGCGGUUGACUAAGGCUAACCCUAUUUUGUACUAUAUGCUCCAGAGGAGCAAUGCACAUCUGGUUAGAGAAAGCCGGGAAGUUGAAGCAAGGUCAGGACAGUGCAGGGUGCAGAAAGAGGACUCUGAGGCCUUUGACCUCAAACUAAACUUGCAACAAAACCCACAUAAUCACAAUGGGACUCACAGUUGUGACUCACCACGGCUAAACGGGUCACUAAAGAAAUCUUAAUGAGUAAGCGGUUCUGAAGACUGUUUUAGAAUGAAAAUGUGCUUGUCUUUCUUCAUUUUCCCUACUUAAUCUGUAUUGCCAUUUUUGUUUGUCAGCAGAUGAAAACUGAGCCAUCUGAUUUCACUCUUUACUCUUUAUUCUUUACUGAUUUUACUAUUUACUGAAUUCUAAAAGAUCAUAAACCCACUACUUCAUUUCUGGCCAUUGUUUUCUGGAUGAUUUUUAUCCUCAAAGACACAAUGACAGAUAAAAGAACAGUUUCUAAAUAAAAAAUUAAUGACAAUUUUCUUUUCCGAACGAGUGUUAAAAAUACAUAUUGAAACUUUUUGGCUGUGCAGUCACUGCUGUAAUGAAGCUACUUGUUACUUCAUGUGCACGUUUCUUCUGUUGCAGAAAUGAUGCAUUGCACAUUGAUACAUUGCUCAGGUGACUGGGAUGCACACGAUUCAAUUAAAAGAGCGAUUUUACAUUAUGACACAGAUGCACUCAAAUAUGUUUUUAAAGUAGUUUUAAAAUAAUUGUGACUCGUUAGAUCAAAAUAAUGUCUUCUUUUUUCAAAACAAUUAUUUACUUUGUCGCUAUAAUCCGAAUCAAAUGUUUUUGCUGAGCAAUUACUACUCAUUUCUGUAUUUAUUUAGCUAUUUUAUUUUCUUGGCCAUUAGUCUGACUUAUUAAGACAAAAUCUCAAGAAAAUAAGUUACUAUUUUGACCUAAUCAGUCACAAUUUGAAUCAAAAGAACAUUAAAAGCCUUUUUCUUCUCUUACCUGGUGGAAAUGAGCCUCCAUACAAAAAGUAUGUAAGCUAAGCAGUGAGCAUGAACUGCUCAUGUUAAUUCUGAAUUUGCGCCCAUGUUCAUUUGCAUGGAUUUAGCCCACUAUGACCUGCUUUACUGGCCACCCCACAAGCACAAAGUGUCAGUAGACUGUGUAUAAUUGGCUCUGCCCCUUAACCUGGUGUCACAUUUAAAACAUAUAUGACAUAGACAUGUUCUUGCCAAUGUAUUUGAAUCUAAUUAAAACAAACAGCUUAUUUCCUUACAUGGUUGAAGUUUUGAUGUGUUAUGUAACAGUGCAGGUGCAGGUCGUGUUAAUUGGAGCACUAAGCAUAUAAUUACCUAUCCUUUUGAUGUUAUUGAGGGACUGACCUUGACCCAUUGCAGCUUUCUUCAUACAGGCAUUCACAUAAAAUAACAAUCCUUGGUCUUUUAACGACAAAAUAAGUCCCUUUUCAGGAAGAAUGGUGUCUUGCUCAAUCUAGCCAAUCUUUUCACCAUCCUAGAUGGACAUAGUUCAUUUGUUUGAAAACAUGAAGUAGAAUCUGUAUAAUAUGUGAUGCUUGUAUACUUUGGUAUUGGUGUUUUUAUUGUUCAUUUGUUUUAUUUUGUUCUAUUUUAUUGUUUGGACUAAUUUGUGAAACAACAUUUCAUUGCAUCAAGCCAAGAGUCGAGAUUUUCACAAUACUCUACAAGCUCGUGAAAAGAUAUAAAAUCCUGAUCAGCUAAAGUUUAAGUUUAUUCUGAUGUUAUGAAUAUGUCUUGGCAUCAGCAUGUGCCAUAAAUGUGUUGCAUUAUGCAAAAAAUGUGAAUUGUUGCAUUAAGACAAGACAAAUCAAGCCUGUCGGAGAUGUAGAGAGUGUUCUAGUUAUGCGCAGAAGAGUAUGUGUUAUUUUAAUGAGUGUGUUGUGCUAAUGAAGGGAGUACUGUGGUACAAUUACCAUUCCCCACAUAUGACAAUGUAUGGUCUUACAUUUAACAUAUGGGAAUUUAACAUGUUAUUUUUGUCCCCUCGAUCUUAAAGACUCUUAGAAACUAUAUUUAUGUACAUACCGUAAUGUUUAUCUUUAUGAAAGACAGCUAUUUUAUAUGGAUGAAAAGAGAAGCAUUUUAGUUUUGAAAUUUCCUAAAGAGACUUCACAGUAAUGGCUGUGUGAAUAUGUACAUACUUCCUUAGAGGAUUUGUUUUGUUUUGUUUUGUUUUCCUUUUUUGUCCUUCUUUUGCCUUUUGCAUGUGUCUCUUGGUAAAAUGACAAUAAUCUGUUCUGCAACAUGUUGUGUUAUGUCAGAUAUUCAACAGUACACUGCUGCCUGUUGCAUGCAGAUGCAUGAGAAGGUUCCUAUGUAUUACUGGACAUGGGGGAAUUCAAAGUCUUAAGCAUAAAUAUUUUGUCAUGAAGCCCGAUAUGUAAAAUGUAUUCUGUCUGUUUAUUAUGAGAAAUAAACUGUUGAGCAAAAUACUGUAUUUGAACUUUUGAAACAGAUGUGCAUAUGAAAAUAUUUAUUUUGUUUUUAUUCUAUUUUAUUUUUUACGAGAGGAAAACCAAACAGGUAAACCAAUCACAUCAUGUACAGUACAGCGCAACUAUGGAUUACUUAAACGCUUCAAAGAUUUAACUUGGUUUAAAAAAAAAAAAAAAGUAUUGUUUUGGAGCAGGAAAACUGCAGCAUAUUGAAUAUUAUUGUGAUAUCAUUUUUUUUAAAUGUAUUCAUUUUGGUGUUUUACUUGCACAGAUUUUGAAUAAAGUUCGAAAAUGCACAAUCAGAA